GAGCUUGAAGACAAGCUAAUUGUGUUCAAAAGCCCUUCCUUCCUUCUGUGAGAAGCCCAUCCUGGGUGUGCUUCAGGAGUCAGAAGGCUGCAACUCUGCCCACUCCGAAAACUGCAGAUGCGACUCCUAGAGGCCAGGCUGAGAAUUGCCACACCGGCUCCAUUGGGCCACGUUGUGGGAAGCCUGGGAUUCGAGGGGACAGCGGUUUUUCUAGGGGCUCUGUUAUUUGUGAACACAAUGAAAAGUUCAGACAGUGAUGUGAUAACUGACAGACUUACCAGGCUCAAGAGCUCAAACGAAUGGCUGGAGCCCCAGCCACUUUCCUUCAUGGAGGCAUUAGCUAAAGAAGAUAUUGAUGCAGCUAUUCAAUCAAUAUUAUACAGAGAAAAUUAUAUAAUUAAGGAACUAGGUAAAUAUUUAAAGCAUCAUGACUUCUUAAAUGCAAGAAAAAAAGAGAUAUUAUAUAAAAGAUGGGUUGAUCAUGUGGCAGAUCCUCUCCAGAAGAAAAUUAUAGAAAAUGUUGCUUCACAUAAGAAGAUUAUAAAAAGGAGACAAGAGGAAUUAGAUGCUUUUUUAAAAUACGUAAAUAAAAAGGGAAAUGCAUUUAUAGAGCAUUAUGAUCCAAAAGAAUAUGAUCCUUUUUACAUGAAAAAAGAGGACCCGAAUUUUCUGAAGGUUACCAUCCCACCAUUUCGUGACCCUUUGAAAAAGGCACAAUAUGACAAAGACAAUGGAAAAAGAAUUCUUCUUCAGUGUGAGACUGGCAGAAUAUUUACAAUGAAAGAAUUUAAAGAGGUUGAGAAGGCCAAACUGCAUUCCAGAUUUCCAGGAAUUUCUAAUUCAAGGCACUUUAUGACUCCAAAUGAGUGGCUUAAACUGCCUACAAACUACAUAGAGAGUGAAUUUUGUAAAAGGAGCAGGUUAAAAGUAAAAGUGAAUUUUAACGAAAGUAGUUUUGACUUGAAACCCUCUGCAAAAACUCCUCAUCUUCUGGAAUCCCAGGAAGAAGAAAAAGCAGUUGUUUACAAGUAA